GAGGUUGCCGCUUGGGUCUGGUACCCAUCGCAUCCGAGACCGAGGCCGAAUCUGGGCUCUGGCGGGGACCGGGUUAGUGGGGCCCUAGCUCGGGUUGAAAGGAUUUUGUUUAGUCAAUUAUUGUAAUUGCUAAUGCCAUCGCCAUCACAAUCGUCAUCAUUAACAUCCUAUUUUAAUUAAAAUAAUCAUCCCAGAGGGCAGCAGUUUGUCCCUUUUGGCUCCUUUGGCGGGAGAACAAAGCAGCGGGUUUUUUCCCGCUACCGCCGUUUUCUAAGUUGCUGGGUUUGAGGUAGGAAGAGAAAAUGGAGAGAGGCACGGACCCAGAGACUUGGUCAUAAGGCAAACAUUAACCCCCAGCGAACACGCCAACAUUAACCCCCCGCAAACACGCCGGGAAUGGAUGGAUUCCCCUCUGCUUUCCUCCCCUCCCCUCUUUUGGAUUAGAAGCGGAGAAAGAAAAUCUUCCGCAUUGUAUUGCAAUCCAGAGAAGAAUUAUUCCUAUAUUUCCACCAAAGCCGCGGCAAACAGAAGGAGUGCUUCGCAGUUAAUCCAAGACUUCGAUGUGUGAUCAUAAGCCUGACGAUUUAGGCAAAACAAAUUAAACAAAAUCCACCAGGAAAAAAUAAAAGCAAGCUAAAUCCGGCUACAUACAUCCUUGAAAGUAGUAUCGGGCCUGGGACUACCCCUUCGCGGUGUAGCGGCAGUCGGAGAUCUGGCUGCGGAGGCAACCGCGUAGACACCUCCCUGCUUAGAAAACAAACACUGAACCAGACCGAUCCCAGUUGGAGGAUUGCCCAGGACUACACCGCAGCGUAACUGCAGGCCUCUCAGCGCAAAAGGGGGAAAGCAAAGACCCGGGUCUGCAUCCUCUACCUCGGCUUCCGCCCCUCUCCGGCGGAGUGGAGAUCCUAUUCAGAGGGGCCAGUCUCUCUAAAUAUGCCCCAGGAUGACCGAGCGGCCGCCGACCGAGGCGGCUCACAGUGACCCCCAGCUAGAGGGAGGGGACGCGGCCGAGGCCCGCAUGGCCCCCCCGCACCUGGUCCUGCUGAACGGCGUCGCCAAGGAGACGAGCCGCGCGGCCCCCGCGGAGCCCCCAGUCAUCGAGCUGGGCGCGCGCGGAGGCCCGGGGGGCGGCCCUGCCGGUGGGGGCGGCGCCGCGAGAGACUUAAAGGGCCGCGACGCGCCGGCGACCGAAGCGCGCCAUCGGGUCCCCACCACCGAGCUGUGCAGACCUCCCGGGCCCGCCCCGGCCCCCGCGCCCGCCUCGGCCCCAGCAGAGCUGACCGGCGACGGCCGCAUGGUGCAGCUGAGUCCUCCCGCGCUGGCUGCCCCCGCCGCCCCCGGCCGCGCGCUGCUCUACAGCCUCAGCCAGCCGCUGGCCUCGCUUGGCAGCGGGUUUUUUGGGGAGCCGGAUGCCUUCCCUAUGUUCACCACCAACAACCGAGUGAAGAGGAGACCUUCCCCCUAUGAGAUGGAGAUUACUGAUGGUCCCCACACCAAAGUUGUGCGGCGUAUCUUCACCAACAGCCGGGAGCGAUGGCGGCAGCAGAAUGUGAACGGGGCCUUUGCCGAGCUCCGCAAGCUGAUCCCCACACAUCCCCCGGACAAGAAGCUCAGCAAAAAUGAGAUCCUCCGCCUGGCCAUGAAGUAUAUCAACUUCUUGGCCAAGCUGCUCAAUGACCAGGAGGAGGAGGGCACCCAGCGGGCCAAGCCUGGCAAGGACCCUGUGGUGGGAGCUGGUGGGGGUGGAAGUGGGGGAGGGGGCGGCGCGCCCCCAGAUGACCUCCUGCAGGACGUGCUUUCCCCCAACUCCAGCUGCGGCAGCUCCCUGGACGGGGCAGCCAGCCCGGACAGCUACACAGAGGAGCCUGCGCCCAAGCACACGGCCCGCAGCCUCCAUCCUGCCAUGCUGCCCGCCACCGAUAGAGCCGGCCCUCGGUGAUGGGUCUGGGCCAGCAGGAUCAGCCAGGAGGGCGUCCUUAGGCUGCUGGGAUGGUGGGCUUCAGGGCAGGUGGGAUGAGAAUUGGGCCCUUCUGAAGCAAAGCGGUGGACUUGAACUUUCCUGGAUGUCUGAACUUUGGGAAGCCUUUACUGACCCUGGGGCUGGUUUUUCUGUUUCCUGUACCAGUAGGAGAUCAGAAAAAUGGAGCAAAGUGGUAGGUACUUUUUGUGAAGACGCACGGUCGUCCCUCUUCCCUCAGUCCCUAAUCCUUCCCAAGUAAGAGGCUGGAGUUGUCACUGCUUUUGGCCUGGAGUUUGGGAUCCCUGUCUUUCCUGAGACCUGGGGUUGUCAGCUCUCAUCUGAGGCAUCCAACAGUCUCUGCCUUGCCUUUAGCCCCUCCCAAGCUGGCUGGGGUGGCCUGUGUGGCCACUUCCAUCCAUAUUUAUAGGUACCCAAUAGCUGCCCAUUUCGUGAGCCCCAUCUUCACCCAGGCCUAUGUUGAUCCAUCCAGCUUGCCAGAUGCUGCAGAGUCACAAGCCUCGAGGUGCCUUCUUCAGGGCCUGGUUGAAGAUGAUCAGUGGACAGUCUGCUCUAGAUGAGCUGGGUCAGAGGGUCAGGAAACCCAGUCGCCCUUACUUCUUGUCCUGGGCAUCAAAGUUCUGCUUUCUCCUCACUGAGACUUGCCUUCCUAAGCCUGGGGCUGUGGAGACCGUGUCUGCAGCCCUGAGAGAGCCCUGCUGGGCUUUGUGUGAAGGCAGAGAAAGGGACAAUGAUAUUAGAGUGAUAUGGAGCAAGAGAUAUUUUGGGCAUGUGGACUUCAACUCCUCCCACAUCACCGUUCAUGCUGGCGAGUGAAUGCCAGUGUGCUGAUGGGCGUAUGCUGGUGCUGAGUAGAUGCACAGCCCCAUCUGUGCAUUCUCCUAGAUGCUUAGAGGGAUUUCUUUGCUGUAAGAUGUCUGUUUGCUGAUGUUCUGGUCUGCGUUCGGAAUUGAGCACAAACUCUGUCCUAUGAAUGCUUUGCAUUUGGAAUUUUUGCUUGACUUCAGUUAUUGGUGGAAUCUUUAGCUUUCAAUAGGACCAGGAUCCAGCCUCACUUCUAGGGUAUGGGAAGUCCAGUCAGAGACCAGGCCCUGGCUAAGACCCAAACAUACACACAUUCACUUAGCAGAACCUUAAACACCCCUCAGUUGUGCAGCUGUCAGCAAAGGUGUGUCUGGGAGGUUAGUUUAAUGCAAUAGAAUUGCUCCCCUCUGAAAAUUGUACAUGAAAUUUUUGUAAAUCACAUCCUUAUCCUUCAUCUUUUGAAGAAAUAACCACUGCAAGUCCUUUUGUAAAGUGAAGAAUCCUUUUGUAGAAUGAACCACUGCCCCUUCAUUGAUUUCCUGUGUCAAUCCAGAUGGUGGGAUGUGGUUUCCUUAAGGUGAGGCCUGUCUGUGACCUGCAUCUAAGCCCAGGGGACCAACUGCACAGAAGUCCUCUGUGUCUGUCAUUGUACCCUUAAGUCACCCCAGCCCUCUCCCUCUAGGCUCUGCCUUCGAGGUCAGAGGAAAGAUAGGCUAUGGUCCUGUCCUGUCAUGCAAUAACUCAUUACUGUGGCUGUCUGGAAAGCCCCUCUUAUAGUUUGGGCUUCAACCCAGUGGCUUGCCCUCACCAUGAUGGGGCUCUAAUUCAGCCAUGUGCAGACAGAUUAAUAUGUCUGCUCCCCUCCCCUUCCUUUUAAGGAAGGUCCAAUUCUUGAGCUUGGGGCAACAUUGUUCACCUUCAUAGCACUCUGGCUCCCCAUUUAAUUUCAGGCUCCCCAGAUCAUGUUUUGGUGAGCAUUAGGGUUGGUUCCUUUCCAAUGUUUGGAAGAUCCUGUGAGGAACCCCAUCUGUCUAAAGAUAGAGUCAUUGCUGUAGGAUCUAAAGCCGUUUGCUUCACAGUGAAUUCGCUUGACUUAGGAAUGAGAAGUAGCCACAGUGUGGAUGGGUGGACGGGUUUCAUGAGAUGGAUCAGAUAUUUUAUCAAGAACUCAAACUUCUGGCUCCCUCUUCUUUCAGACUUGCCAUGUGACUCUGGCUUGGCCUAUCUCCUGGGGCUAUGGUGUGGACUGAAUGGGAUCAUGAAAGUAGACAGUUUUGAGAGCAUAAAGAGCUUUUUUUCCCCCUCAAUCUCAAUCCUGCAGUGGGGUUUUGCAGCCUGAGUCCACGACCUAGGCAGUGGGUCGGUGUGCCUGACUGCCCAGCAUUUGGGUAAUUUCGAUUGUAAACCACUUUGGCCUGAGUUAUCGAGAUUGUCCUCAUUUCUCCAGAUUAUCUAUUUUUUUGUUGUUGUUUUUUGUGAGAGACAGUGUCUUGUUCUGUCACUCAGGCUGGAGUGCAGUGGUGCCAUCAUUGCUCUCUGCAGCCUUGAACUCUGGGCUCAAGCAAUCCUCCCACCUCAGCCUCCCGAGUAGGGAGGACCACAGGUGUGAGCCACCACACCUGGCUAUUUUUUACAUUUUUUUCUUUUUUAGUAGAGAUGGAGUCUUGCUAUAUUGCCCAGGCUGGUCUUGAAGUCCUGGCUUCAAGCAAUUCUCCUGCCUCUGCCUCUAGAAGCACUGGGAUCACAGGUGUGAGCCAUUGCACCCAGCCCAGAUUGUCUUAAUUUCUGUCUUGUUCCAAGGCCAGAGACAGUAAUGAGAAUGGAAAAGAGAUAUGGGAACACUGGCAGACUAUGUAAAAUGUAAUGCAACUACCCAAAACAAGCCUGGUAGGAAAGGGCAAGGCUUUAGGUCUUUGUAAGAACUAAAGAAGAUCCGUAAUUUUUAUUUUCACCCUCUGUACCCCAUGACCUUAUCCUUCCUCUCCUUCCUUGUUACCCAUGAAAAACUGGCAACAUUCCAAGAAUAGCAUCUGUACAAAGGGGAAAGAACAUAAAGAUAAAACAAAACACAACAUUUUGAGAACAAAGAUGACCAUAACCACUGAAGGGAAUCACAUCUUUUAAGACAAAUUCAUAUUCUUUUAUUUGUUAUGGCAAAUGACAAGAUGGUACAACCUUUAUUCUUUUCUAAAAUAAAACAAAGGGCAUAGCAUCUAUAGUCAGCCGACAACUAUUUCUGCCUUUUGGGGGUGGGUCUGGCCGUACUUGUGAUUUCGAUGGUACGUGACCCUCUGCUGAAGACUUGCCCCCUGCCCAUGUACAUAGUGCAUUGUUUCUGUGGGCGGGCCCAGCACUUUCCGUCAAUGUUGUACUGUAUGUGAUGAAUUGCGUUGGUCUCUGCAUUUUUCUGCAGAAGAGGAGUAACCGCUCUAGGUACCUUGAUCUUUGUACAGCCCAGAGGCCAACACUGUGGGUGUGUGACUCUUUAGCAAAAAAAAAAACCCAUGUGGUGAUGAUGUGUGUAUAUAUAUAAGGAUAUAUCGGGAAGAUUUCUAAAUAAAAGUUUUACAAAGGGGC